ACGCUUCGUAGGCAUCGUUGUCUGCGUGAUGACGUCAGGCCGCCGUGGAUUGGCGGUCUGCCAUCUUUGAUUGUGCGACAGGCCGCGGCGCGAGCGGGGCCUCACUCAACUAGAGCUACACUGUCGCACGAGAUAACGGGUGGGGGAAAACAUUGAAACACAAGAGGAACACACCGAAAAACUAUUAACGUCCGAAUUACAAUACGAGGACAUAUUGAGAGAGAAAAAGCACAGUGUUAACGCUGGAAAGAAACCAGGCCCGUGCAACUGAGGAGCAGCUGUUAGUUGCUAGUGUGCGCUAACCAUCGUUAGCUCCACUAGCAGGCAAACCAGCUUUUGUAAUCCGCCGGCCACACUAACUCGCACACCGCAGUCCAGCCCAAAUUCAGACGCCUAGUCUGGCCGUACGACAGACUAGAAGACAAACACAGGACCGGCGGUACCAGGAGGCUGGUUCUGGGGGUGAGACAGGAGACCAGACUCGAUGAGUUUCCAGCGAAAUGUCAGAGAAGUCAGGGCAGAGUACCAAGGCAAAGGAUGGGAAGACCAAGUAUGCAACCCUUAGCCUCUUCAACACCUACAAGGGCAAGUCUCUGGAGACCCAGAAAACUGCAGUGGCUGCCAGACAUGGGCUCCAGAGUUUGGGCAAAGUUGCUGUCAGCAGGCGCAUGCCCCCGCCAGCCAACCUGCCCAGCCUGAAGGCAGAGAACAAGGGCAACGAUCCCAACGUGAACAUCGUACCCAAGGACGGCAGCGGUUGGGCAUCGCGGACAGAAGGAGAAGAGAGGCAGCAGGAGACCCCCCCGCCCCCGCCCAAACCGGUGGCCCCCCAGCCCCCGGAGGUCCCCAUCGGUGGGAGCAGGUCCUGGGGCAACAGCAAGCCACCGACACAGCCUGCUGGGGCUCCGCGGGUGAACAGCCAGUUCCACCAGGAGUUUCCCAGCUUGCAGGCUGCAGGAGAGCCAGAGAAAGGGGAGGGGCAGGAGGAGGAGCCUUAUGGGCCUGGACCCAGCCUCAGACCUCAGAAUGUUGGCAGCUGGCGUGAGGGAGGGGGCCGGAAUCUGAACGCUUCCAGCAGCCCCUCUGAGAUGGACAGCAGAGUGCCAGAGGAGGAGAGCAAGGGGGCCAGCAGCACCCCCUCGCCCCCCGGGGAGGGGGAGGAGCCCGGCCGAGCCCCCUCCGGGGACGGCCAGAGGGAGAAGAGGGAGUCCAGGGAGAGGCUGCCUCAGUGCGCCCUGCCGGCCCCCCAGACCACCACCCCCGCCUCCUCCGCUCCCCCUCCCUCCUCCUCCUCCUUGGGGCCCCCCCAGGCCAAACUCAACGGGGGGCAGCAGCCUCCGGCCGGGGUCCCCCCCCAGUUCCACCCCCAGUUCCGGGGCAUGAUGCCUCCCUAUAUGUUCCAUGCGUAUCCCCGAAUGCCCUUUCCCCCCACACAAGGCAACUUCAGAUACCCUGUACCACUGCAGGAUGGAGCCAGGGCUCUGCGACCAGGCCGCCCUCAGCAGGGUCCCCCCCAGGCCUGGCUCCAGGACCCGGACAGACCCUCCAUCAUCAGCGCCACGGAGCUCAAGGAGCUGGACAACCUGGACACGGAGGCUGACGAGGGCUGGGCAGGAGCCCAGAUGGAGGUGGACUACACAGAGAAACUCAACUUCAGCGACGACGAGGAAAACCAAGCGGCCAAGGAGAAAGGAGAGAACUGGGAGUGGAUGGGCAAAGUGGAGCGGAUGAGGCCACGGCCUCCAGAGGGCUCUGAGGAGCGCGCUGGUAACAGAACAUCAUGGGUAGAUGGCGGCACCCCCAGGGCUCCUUCCCCAGGCAGCGUGGGGCAGUACAGCAAGGAACACCAGGUGAGGCUGCAGCAGGUGAGACUGCAACAGGGUCAUGCUGGCGGGCGUGUGGUGGGCAGCGGCGGCCCCCGCUUGUCCAAGCCUCCCGCUGCGGCGCCCCCCGCAGGAGAGGAGGACUCGGAGGCAUGGCGGCAGAAGCGUCAGCAGCAGUCGGAGGCGGUGGAGCGUGCGCGGAGCAGGAGGGCGGAGGAGGAGCGCCGCAUGGAGGAGCAGCGCCUGGCCGCCUGCGCCGAGAAACUCAAGCGGCUCAACGAGAAGCUCCGCCCUCCCUCGUCGGAGCCCAGACCCGCCCCGACGGAGCCCACCGCCGAGGAGAAGGGAGCGGGGCGCGACCAGGAGUCUCCCCCCCUCCCUGCUCCUGUUCCUCCUCUCGUCUCCAGCCCGGCUCCUUCAGCGCCGACGCCCCAGGCUCCGCCCCUGCUCCUGCAAGCCACUCCCCCGGAGAGAGAGGGGGCCGAGAGAGACCUGGAGAGACUGGACAGAGAGAGAGUAGAGCCCAGCUUGGAGGAAGACAGUCAUUUUGUGCCUCGCCAGUCCAGCCCUCCAGUCCAGAGGCCGGUGGCCGUGUCCCCCAAGCCGCCCAGCAGAGAGAGCCCCCUCGCGGAGGUGGGCCCCCUCGUGGAGGUGGGCCCCCUCGUGGAGGUGGGCCCCCUCGUGGAGGUAGGCCCCCUGGGAGAUGUGGGCCCCCUGGUGGAGGAGACCCCGGCCGAGAGGAUUCCAAUGCCCAUCAGGGACUACUUCAGCGUGGACGACAGCAGAGUGGAGGAGCCCCACCCCUCCAUGCCCCGCGUGGACCCCCCCAGCGGGGAGGAGGGGCCUGCGGCCCCCCUGGACCUGGAGGGGGAGGCCGGGGCCUCGGUACGCCCCCCUCUCUCCUCUGGAUACUCCAAACAGUUCCAGAAAACUCUGCCUCCUCGCUUCCUCAGACAGCAGGAGCAGAUGAAGCAACAGCAGUGGCAACAGCAGCAGCAGCAGAGCGGGAGGUCCGUGUCCCCCUCAGGGGGGGCCGGGGUGGCUGGGCCCCCGCAGCAGCAGCGCUCCCUGUACCAGACCAUGGGCCCCCACCACCAGCAGCACCUGGCCUCCAUGGGCUUCGACCCCCGCUGGCUCAUGAUGCAGUCCUACAUGGACCCCCGCAUGAUGUCUGGCCUGCCGCCCAUGGACGUACCGCCCAUACACCCUGGGAGGAUGCCCCCCAAGCAGAUCGUCCGGAGGGAGCCCGGAGACAACUCCAGCUCCAGCUCCGACUCCUUUGACCACCUGAGCCGACCCGGCCGCGAACACGGGGUCCCCUCUGAGCCCCGCAUGGUCUGGGGCUCAGAGCCGUACGCCCAAUCAGAACCUCUCCCUUCGGUCACGCCCCCUAAGGGGCGGGAAGACAAGGAGCCCAGACUGGACGCAGGGUUAGAUCUGGACAGGGGCCUGUCCUCCAUGUACUCCCAGGACCCCCUGGAGACCCGGGGGAAGAUCGGCUUCUUCAGGGAGCCGUCCGAGCCCCAGUCUGCCUUCCUCCAGGGCCCGGAGGAGAGGGCCCCCGCGGGGUCCAGCUUCGACCCCGAGGAGCCGGGUCUUCCUAGCGGAGAGGAGGUGGAGGCCCUUGGCCAGGCCAUGCUCCACAGGGGCGUCGUCUCCCAGGACGAGCCCCGCUUCGACAGCCUCUCUCUGGGAACAAAAACACUGGGGGUCCAGGAUGCAGGGGAGAGGCCCGAGGACAAGGCCCGGCCGGAGCCCUUCUCCCAGGUCGCGGCAGCCAACAAGGCUGCACCUCCCGUCGACGUGCUCUACAAACCCGACAAGCUGCUCCCGCCCGCCCCCAGCAGGCAGAAGACUGAGCUGCGUUGGGGGGGCCGAGCGGGGGCCGGGCGCAGGGAGGGUUCGGGUGGGGAGAGACCCGUCCGCCGGUCUGGACCCAUCAAGAAGCCCGUCCUGAGGGACAUGAAGGAGGAGAGGGAGCAGAGGGAGGAGAGGGAGAAGCGCCAUGAGAGAGGGGAACGAGGAGAGAGGCCCAAGAAGGAAGGGGGCGUGGCCAAGGUCCAGUCUGCCGCUGCCGCCGUUUCCGAGGGGUCCAGGCCCCAGGCAGAGGUGAAGAGGGAGCCUGCCGACCCAGAGGAGGUGCCCCAGGCUGGGCCUCAGAGGGCUAGGGACACCCUGGCCCCCUCCGGGACCCCCCCCACCUCCGCUCAGGAGGACAAAACGGACAACAAGCCAGCCACCAACGACAAGCACCCCGAACCCAAACUGCCCCCCCGGAAAGAGUCGAACCUGCCCCCUCGCGCCUUCCGGAGGGAGGAGAGAGAGAGGGAGCGGGAUCGGGAGAGAGAGAGGGACAGGGAGCUGGACAGGGAUAGGGACAGGGAUUGGCCAAUGGACGCCAGCUUCCGUGGGCGUGGCCGCGGAGAGUACUACUCCAGAGGACGCAGUUACCGGGGAACAUACGGGGGGAGGAACCGAGGCGGUCGUGGGCGGAGCCGGGGUGACUACCCGUACCGGGAGCCCCGGUCCCGCUCCGACCUCCCCGUCGCCGGGGGCGCCGCGGCCGCCUUCCGCUGCCGCGAGGAGAGCGAGACUCGAAGCGAGAGCUCGGACUUCGAGGUGAUGCCCAAGCGGCGUCGCCGACGGGGAUCCGACACUGACACGGAGAGCGAGGGGGGACGGGAGUCCGCCAGCGACACGGGGCCGUCCGACCGAGAGCCCAGCACCAAACCCAGCCGGCCGCUCAGACGAGAGCUUCCAGGGGAGGGGAGGCCCGGCGCAGUCAAGCCCGGCUUCGGACCCACUCCCCUGGGGGAGAAGGGAGGCUCCAGGGGAGAGGAGGAGGGCAGGCCCAAGCCAGGGUUCCUGCCCAAAGGAGAGCCCUCCAGGCGUGGCCGUGGGGGUCUGUACAGCCGGCGUGGAGGGGCCCGGGAGCGAGGAGGGCCCCGGUCGGCCCCUCUCAGGCGUCCGGGGGCCAGGGAGGCGUCUUCCCAGUGGCCCUCCAAGCCCAUGGAGACCUUCCGGCCCGAGGAGGCGGAGGCCUCCAGAUACGACAACCCUCCCCUGGACCGACGGCCCCCCAAGUACGAGGGCAAGAAGUUCGGGGACGUGGGCCCCCAAAACAGCAGAGAGAGGCCCCGUCGCCCCAGACCAGCCCGGCCCCCAAGGCAAGACAAGCCACCUCGCUUCCGCCGCCUAAAGGAGAGAGAGGCUGCCGUGUUGGCCGGGGGGGAGACGGCCCCCCUGCCCCAUGCCCCCUUACCCUCAGUGCCUGUGACCCCCGCCUCCGUCUCCUUGUCCCCCACCCUGUCCAGAGCCCCUGGGACGCCCGUCACCGUGCCUGCCGAGGUGGGGGCCCCCGGCCCGGACCUGCCCUCCCCCACCGAGGCCUCCCUGCCGGAGGGAAGCAGUCCCACCGUGACGGCCGUGGGCACCAAGUCUCCAGACCUGUCCAACCAGAACUCGUCGGACCAGGCCAACGAGGAGUGGGAGACCGCCUCGGAGAGCAGCGACUUCAACGAACGCCGAGAGCGAGAGGAGAGGAGGGGGGCGCUGGAGGCCGCCUGCGCCGCUGCCCCCACCUCCUCCGCCCCGGCCCCGCCCGCCCCCCAAGGCUCCGCCCCGCCGAGCAGGAGCCCCACCGAGGGCGGGGUGACCCCCAAGAGGGAGGUGGCGCCCGCGGCCAAGAGGAGCUUCUCCAGCCAGAGGCCCACGGAAAGACAGAACCGCAGAGGCAACAGCGGAGCCAAACCCGGCCGAGGCUACGCCGGAGCCAAGGGGGAGAGGAGAGGAGGGCCCAAGCCCGGCCGGCGAGGAACCGGGCCCCAGAACCCUGAGGGGGUGUCAGGCGGCCCAGGCCAGAGGCCCGGCAGGGACCAGGCCUCGCGCCGCAAGGACGAGGCUAAGCAGGCCGCCAAGAAGCCCAAGGAGAAGGAGAACGCACUGUCCCAGUUUGACCUCAACAACUACGCCAGUGUGGUGAUCAUCGACGACCACCCGGAGGUGACCACUCUGGAGGACCCCCAGUCCAACACCACGGACGACGGCUUCACCGAGGUGGUCUCCCGCAAGCAGCAGAAACGCCUGCAGGACGAGGAGAGACGCAAGAAGGAGGAGCUGACCACACAGAACUGGGGGAAGAAAGGCUCCGGAGACAAAGGCAGAGGGGGAGGAGGAAAGCUGCCUCCUAGAUUUGCCAAAAAACAACAACACCAACAACAACCCUCCCAGCCCCCCCCACCACAGGCCCCCCUGCCCCAGCCCCCCAUCUCUGCCCCCCAGCACGCCCACCCUCCCCCCUCCCAGCCCCCCCCUGCUGCCGUCUCCACCGCCCCCCGGCCCCAGGAGGUCACCGCGGCCCCCCUGCCCGCCGCCCCCCCAGCCGCGGUGGACUUCACCUCCAAGACCCUGCCCCCGGCCCCCCUGCCCGCGGCCCCCGCCCCGCACAGCACCCUGGGAACGGAACUGUGGGAGAACAAGGUGGCGGGUUCCGCAGUGCUCCCCGACGUCAAGAAACUGGGGCCCAUCAGCCCCCCGCAGCCCCCCUCCGUGAGUGCCUGGAACAAGCCCCUCACCUCCUUCACCGGGACGGCCGAGGGUGUGAAGGUGGGACCAGAGGGUGUGGUUGAGCUGGGGCUGGACAGUAUCCAGUUCGGAGCCCCCUCGUCUGCGGGGAGCACGGACAGCGACGGGGGCCCGGUCCUCCUGGAGGCCGGGCUGCCGGCCCCCAAGGAACAGAGACAGAAGCAGACACGUGCUGGACCCAUCAAGACCCAGAAGCUCCCAGACAUGGAGCCCGUGGAGACCAAGGGCUACAAGCCUGGGCCCAUCGGCAAGGAGCGCUCCCUGAAGAACCGCAAGGCCAAGGACGGCCGUGUAGGGGAGGGCGAGGGCCUGGAGGCGGGCGUGUCCGGGGGAGGGAGCGUCCGGCCAGCCGCCUCCAGCCCCCCCACCACGGACCCCGGCGUGCCUGAGCUGGGGGGAGACAUCGAGGGCAUGAUCACCGUGCCGUCGGCCGAGUACACCAGCAGCUCCAAGGAGUCUGUGACUGACUACACCACCCCUUCCUCGUCCCUGGCAGACAGCGUCCCUACUGUCGGCAGCAAGAUGGAGGAGAGUCUGGUGGCCAAUGUGGCGCUGCCCCACCUGCCUCGCAGGGAGGCUCUCCAGCAGAGCUCCAGUCUCAGCACUGUCUCCCCUGCCACCGUCGACCUCACCCUGAAGAUGGAGUCAGCCCGCAAGGCCUGGGAGAACUCCCCCAGCCUGGGGGACAAAGGCUCUCCUGUCACCUCCUCCUCCUCCCCCAUCACCUCCUGCCCUGCCUCCUACUCCUCCUUCUCCUCUGCCUCCAUGCCUCAGAUCCCUGUGGCCUCCGUCACGCCCAGCACCUCGCUCUCAGGGUCUGGCACCUACACCACGUCCUCCCUGGGCACCAAGACCACCACGGCCUCUGACCCCCCCAACAUCUGCAAGGUGAAGCCCCAGCAGCUGCAGGGAGGGGCCAUGUCCAGCAGCAGCUUCUCCCAGCUGGGCUGCGUGGCCCCUCUGCUGUCCCAGCAGCAGAGCCCUCAGGUCUACGUGUCCCAGUCUGCAGCAGGCUCUGCAGCCCAGAUGCCGGCCUUCUUCAUGGACACCAGCCACCUGUUCAGCACCCCUCACCCCCGCCUGGCCCCGCCCUCGCUGGCCCAGCAGCAGGGCUUCCAGCCCGGACUUUCCCAGACCACGGCCGUGCAGCAGAUCCCAAUCCCCAUCUACGCCCCGCUCCAGGGCCAGCACCAGCACACGCACCAGCACACACACCAACACACACACCAGGCCCAGCACACACACCAACACACACACCAGGCCCAGCACACACACCAACACACAGCCCAGCUGGGCCUCAGCAGCGGGCCUCCUGUCUCCCAACCCCAGGACCUGUUCAGCUCCUCACUGCAGCCUUACAGGUCUCAGCAGGCGUUCAUGCAGAGCAGUCUGUCCCAGCCCUCCAUGCUGCUGUCAGGGCCCUCCCUGCACAGCUACCCUGGGGUGCAGGGCCCUGAGCUGGGGAAGCCCCAGUCCAGCCUGGCCUACCAGCAGCCCUCCUCCACGCAGCACAUCCCCAUCCUGUUUGAGCCCCAGCUCAACCAGCCCUCCGGCAUGGGCGCCUCCCAGCUCAUAGACACACACCUGCUGCAGCAGGCUCGCCAGGGGAUGAAUCAGCAUUCUAACAUGUACUCAGGGCAGGUGCAACAGCACGGCCAGAGCAGUUACUAUAGCAACACCCAGUCUGCCAGCUCUGCAAUGCAGCAGGUGACAGUUCCUCUGCCAGGCUCUCAGCUGUCUCUGUCUAACUUUGGGUCUGGGGGGGGCCAGCCCCUCUUGGCCCUGCCCCCCACUCCGCCCCAGGCCCCGCCCCCCAGCAUUAGCAGGCAGCCCCCGGUCUCCCAGGGUUACCGGGGCCUCAUGGGCCCCAGCCAUGGCAUGAUGCAACCCCCCUCCAGCAAGAUGGACAUGGAUCUGAAGCUGUUUGGCUCUGGGAUGGACAUCAAACCAGGGACUCCUCCCAGCGCCAGAAGCACCACGCCCACGUCUAGUCACUACCGCUACGACAGGGCCAGCUCCACCUCUCCCAGCAGCCAGUCCAGUAAAAUGAACAGCAUGCUCUACCAGAAACAGUUCCAGCCCAGCUCUGCAGGCAUGAGGAUCACACAACACUUCCCUGGCCAGUUCAACCCACAGAUGCUGUCUCAGCCCAACAUGGUGUCUCCCUUGGUCAGGCCCCCCCCACAUGCUAACUCGUUCUCGGGGGGCAUCCAACGCUCCCCCAUGGGCCCCCCCAUGGGCCCCCCUAUGGGCCCCCCCAUGGGCCCCCCCAUGUCCCCUUCUCUGGGCGGAGGGCUGAUGCCUCACCCCCGGCCCCAGCACGCUCCCAGGGGGCCCCCGGGGCCCCCCAUGGCCCCCAGAGGGACACAGGCAGCUCUGAAGGCAGAGCAGGACCUCAAGGCGAAGCAGAGGGCGGAGGUGCUCCAGUCCACCCACAAGUUCUUCUCAGAGCAGCAGCAGCAGCAGAUGAAGGCUCCUUCCGUCAGCAAGGCCUCUCGCCUCGACCAGGGAGGCAAGCCCUCCCUGGACAGCAUGGCCCCCAACCACCAGGCGGGGGGUGUCCUGGACCGCGCAGAGCCCGACAAGCCCUCCCUCUCCUCGGGCAAGCCCAUACGGACUGGUCCCAUUAAGCCCCAGGCCAUCAAGCCUGAGGAGGGCAAGUAGUGCCCUCACGCACGCCCUCCUCUCAGACCACACCGUGGAGGGGGGAGAGGAAGAGAAGCCAGCUGCUCCAAUCACUCACACUCUCUCUUUCUCUCUCUCUCACAUCAGCCUUGAGAGAUGGGGGGGGGGGGGGGCGGAGGAGGAGGAGGAGACUGGGGGUCUAAACGUGAAUGGUUACUGUGAAGAGGGGUACUGUAAUAAGUUCCCCCCUCACCCCUGCUUCUCUCCUCCUCUCCCUCCCCACCCUCCCCCGGCCUCUGAAGGGGGAGGGGGGGGGGGUGUUGUAUGAGACGACUACACUAGCUGUACAGAAGACGUCUACUUUAGUGGUAGAGAAAGAAAGAAAGAGAGGG